GUUCGAGACUGGUCGUUGCGUCAUCGCUCCACUUUACCACCACAACAUAAAAUGCACUCUUACAGUUUUGGAAUCGUAGGUGAAAGGUUGCGUCGCAGUUAACCUGUAGCACGAUGCAAGUAGUUAAGGUAGCGGUUGUUGCUCUCGCAGUCUUCGCUCUCUGCUCUGCAGAGGCUGCGAAGAAAUCAACGAAGCAAACGGAGAAGACUUCUGACAAGGUUAAAAAAUCUUUAAGAAAUGAGAACACAAAACCUCAGAAGAGAGGUCUGUACCCAGAGCCUAACCUCGGAUCAACCUACGAUUUGCCUGGCGCCCCCGUGGACGUGUACCACGGCAGUCCUGCAGAUCAUCUCUCCGUGUCACAUGAUCUCGGCCUAUACGGCGGUGUUUACGGUAAACAACUAGACCUCCACUCUCCAGCGGUCCUCGCCACUUACGCUCCUAGGUACAGCUUCGGAUCGGCAGGUCACGGGAGCUACUCGUCCUACGGUCACGGCUACCUCGGUGGCUUUCCGGGUGGUCUGAAGGGACUGGAGGCUCUGCUAGGUGGAGUGAAGAUAGAAGAGGGCAUCAUCCGUAUCAAGACCGUGACCACACACGUGCCUGUGCCCUACCCUCACCCUGUACCUGUAGAAGUCAUCAAGAAGGUCCCUGUUCCUGUACCUCACGCUGUCCCUGUAGAUGUUCCUAGAGCUGUUCCUGUUGAGGUUCCUCAGCCCUACCCUGUAGAGGUAAAAAAACCGUACCCUGUUGUAGUACCCAAGCCCGUGCCUCAAUUGGUUCCUCAUCCUGUUCACGUCAAAGUACCAAAACCCUAUCCAGUGGAAGUACCCACACCGUACACCGUCGAGGUCCACAAGCCGGUACCUGUACCUGUCCCUCACCACGUGGAAAUACCUAAGCCCGUGUUCUACCAAAAUCCUCAGCAAUCGUACAGUGAUACACACUCUUCCUAUUCUGUGCCCGCUUUUUACUCUGCUGCCAAGCCUGUUCUCUACCAAACACCUCAGCAAUCGUACAGUGAUACACCCGUUUAUAAAUCCUACGCCUCUUCUUAUCCUGUGGCUCAUUCUUACUCUGCCGCCAAGCCUGCAGUAACUAUUGUGAACUGUGAUGAAGACUACUCACAUUUCAAGUCUGAUUCGAUUGCUCAUGAUCAUUCUUUUACCAAAGAUUUCCUUUCCGGUGACUACGGACACCACUCCACCGUUGCACCUGCUGUGGAAUCUUACGACCACCAGCUGUACCACCACGCCCCCUCUCCUGCCCCGUUGUACCCAUCGUACGACAAGCCAGUUGCCACUUCGUUCGUCGGAGUCACUGCUCAUGGAGCGCCAACCUAUAAACGAGAGGUUCACCAUAACUAAUUAGAGUUAAUGACUUCACAUCAUAGAGAUCAUUCUUCCACAGUAAUUUAUGUAUUCCUGCUUCUGUAAAUAGUAACAUAUUUUGUACUACUUCAAAUAAAACAAUAUUUAGUUUUUA